AAGCAGCGGAAGUCCCUCCCCGUUUGGGAUCCGUGAAGCCCGUGAGUUCGUGAGGAGCCGCGCAGCUACUCCUCAGGCACGAUGUGGGCUCGGCUGGGGGUCGCAGUUGGGGGUUCGAUGCCGCGGGCGUCCAGGAGCGGCUGGCUGCACGCGUCCGGAGCUGGAUGCGCGGGGAAGAGGCAGCAGAGACAGGCCUCCAGUGCAGAGGUUGCCUUGAAGAAAACUCCACUCUUCGACUUCCACAAAGCGCACGACGGGAAGAUGGUGAACUUUGCUGGCUGGAGCUUGCCUGUCCAGUACAAAGACAGUCACAUUGUGUCACACAUGCACACCAGAGAGCACUGCUCCAUCUUUGAUGUCAGCCACAUGCUGCAGACCAAAGUCCACGGCAAAGACCGGGUGAAGUUCAUGGAGUCUCUGGUGGUUGCAGACAUUGCAGAACUCAAAACCAACCAGGGAACAUUGUCCUUGUUUACCAAUGAGAAGGGAGGAAUCAUUGAUGACCUCAUUGUGACAAAAACAGAUCAAGGGUAUCUCUACGUCGUCUCCAAUGCGGGCUGUGCAGAGAAAGACUCUGUUCACAUGAAGGUCAGACUGGCAGAGUUCAAAGCUGCCGGUUUGGAUGUGGAUCUGGAGUUUCUGGAUGAGGCACUGCUGGCUGUCCAAGGUCCCUCCAUGUCUCGGGUGCUUCAGGAAGGACUGAAGGACAACCUCAACAAGCUGACCUUCAUGACCUCCACCGUGGCCACAGUUUUUGGCGUUCCCGACUGCCGGAUCACUCGCUGUGGAUACACCGGAGAGGACGGCGUGGAGAUUUCGGUUUCUCGUCUGAGAGCGGUUGAGCUGAUAGAGAAGCUCUUGGCCAACAGUGAGGUGAAGCUGGCCGGGCUUGCAGCACGGGACAGUCUUCGCUUGGAAGCGGGGCUUUGUCUCUAUGGCAACGACAUCGAUGAAACAACCACUCCUGUGGAGGCCACACUUGUCUGGACGAUAGGAAAGCGCAGACGCAAAGACAAAGACUUCCCUGGAGCUGAAAUCGUCGUACCUCAGAUCAAAGCCAAGACCGUCAGGAAGAGAGUUGGCCUGGUGUCCACCGGCCCGCCGGUCAGGCAGCACACACCCAUCCUCAGCCCGGAUGGUAAAGUCAUAGGUGAGGUGACUAGCGGCUGUCCAUCCCCCUGCCUCAAAAAGAACGUUGCUAUGGGUUACGUAGAUUCAGAAUUCGCCAAGAAUGGCACGGACAUCCAGGUGGAAAUCAGGAAGAAAGCGGUGCGGGCCGUGGUCAGCAGGAUGCCUUUCGUUCCAACCAACUACUACAUGGGAUAAAAUUAUUAAUAUUAUAAUAUUAAUAAUUCUCACUGGUUUACUUCUCAGCAGUGCUGUCUGACAGAGUCGCCCCCUGCUGUUUGAUUUUAGAAAUGCAGGACCAAAAUAAGGUUUUCAAAUCCAUACUUGAAAAAUGUUCAAUGAAAUAAAUAAAAAUCACACAAGUUUAAAAUAAACACUGUGAUGUGAAGACUGCAGAAAAAGAGUCAUUACAUGUAGCCAGUAGAACUGCCAUCGUGCACUGUACUCGGUUAUGGAAAAGGUGCAGGAAACCCUGUGAAACCUUCUUAGUGUGGGAUUAUUUGUGUCUUUUGGACUUUUACAUUUACACUUAACUCAGUUUGUAAGUGCUCUGCAAGAAAACUCAGGUUUGUUAGAAUUCAAUAAAGACAAUUUAAUGUAGAUAACAGAAUACUGAUAAGUAAAUGUGAUGGAUAUCAAUUUACAAAGCUGGACCAAAACAGGUAAAAAUCCAAAUGUAUCUGCUGAUGAUAAAGUAAUAUGCAUUUGUAAUGAAAAAAUAUGUUGCUUUGCAAAAUUCAGAAAACACAGGGGAUUAGUGGCUUUAUCUCUCAAAAUGAAAAUCUUCCCUAAAACCCAAAAAGCGGCAGUUAGUUUACAUGAAUCUGUUCUUCUAUCAUUGUAGUAUUCAUUCUUGUUUUGUAAACAGCUUCCAUCACAGUUUCUCAGAGAUCUGUCACCCAUGGGAUUACAGUGUUUCUUUUUAUAUUAGAACAGUCACAUAAUUUGAUAUUUCUAUGUGUUGGAGAAGAAAUACAGUUAGUGUGACUUUUGUACUUGGGUACUAAUGUAGAGAUCUUGAACCAAAUUGGGUAUUUAUAUGAACAUUUAAAAUGAUUUUUCAAUGUUUAAUAAUUUAUAGAUUGGUUUACCUGUCUGACCUGCUGCUCUUUCAAUAAAACUAACACUCAUAAAAUCAA